AUGGCCGGCUUAGCGUGGACAGCCUCAAAUGAGACAGGGACGACCAUACUUCAAGGCACUGCAACGGAAGAUUGCGUCAGUUCAGCUCUACUGGCGGAAGGAUUAGCUAUACGAGAGGCCCUGCUGCAAGCCCAAGCACAUAGACUCUCCAACAUCAUCAUCAAGUCAGACGCUCAGAUCAUCAUCCGAGCUAUCAACAAACGAGAAUCAAUCAAGGAAAUUUGUGGAAUCCUCCAGGAUAUCCACAGCUUAUCUUGUGACCUCGAUGUACUUUCCUUUAAUUUCAUUCCUCGCACUGAAAACAGAAUAGCCGAUGCACUGGCUAAGAGUGCUCUGCUUAACUGCGCCACAUUGUAG